GUACGCGUACAACACGACACGACAUGGUCGUGAACAAGGAACUGCCCACUCGUCUCCUCUCCACUUUGUUUGCGUUGCGGCAAGACCGGUGAACGUGCGGCGGAAGCUUCACUUCGUACUAACUUUCUUGUCUUUCCAUCUUCCUUGCAUUUCGCGCGACUGAACGCGGAAGCCAUUGAGCUUGGUCCGCUGAGCAUUGGAAACAGGGCAGCUAGCCAUUGACCACGUUCGAAUUCCAGCAACGAUUCAGUCAACAUGUUCAAGACGGUGCAGCGCACUGCGCACAAGGUCGGCAGCAAGAGGUCGGCGGAUCAGCAAGAUGUUGGAUCAGUGAUUGCGGAAUUCAAGGCCACGGAUGACAUGCUCCUGCGCCUUGAAAAGGACAUAACCAUCUGGCGCAAUGGCUGGGAAGAAAUCCUCAAAUACCAGUACGACGCCUCCGAAGCCUUCGCCUCGAUUUACAAACCCAUCGAACCACCGCCCGAGCCCACCACGAACCGCAGCCCGCCAGUGCAAACACCCCACGAGCAAAUGCAGAAAUGCCUUGGUCUGCAGAAGAUGUACAGCGAGCUGAAGGCGGACUUGAAGCAGGAGAUUGGCAUGAUCGACAACAAAAUCGUCAGACCAGUGAAGGAAGCCAAAGCAGCGACCAAGUCGCUUCAGAAAACCAUGAAACAUCGCGAGAAUAUGAAAGUGGAUUUUGAGCGAUUCCUCAGUAGGGCUGAACAUGCGCGGAGGAAAGAAGUCAAGACGAUGAAGGAGGAGGCUGCAUUGGCGAAGCACGAAGCGGAUCUUCAACAGGCGCAGAUCGAUUACCAGACUGCUGAUGAUCAGAUCAAGCAGUACUUCCCGCCUGUUAUUGAGGCUAUUCAGGCACUGCUGCCGUUCCUUCUCACGGCUCAGAUUGAAAUCCAGACAACGCUGGUAGGGCAGCUAUACACGAGCUUGGACGCAUACUGCAGACAACAGGGUAUUCCGAGCCCUGCGCCGAGUGAUGGGGAAAUAGUCUCCGUUUGGGACUCGGAAUUUUCGAGCCUGCGGAAGGAGUGGGAGUCACAUUCGGAAUUGCUGAGGGGCGGGAAAGCCAUUCAUUUGGCUAUGAACACGCCUACCGCGGAGCAUACCUACACAGGACUAGGUAUCAGGACCAAGUCUUCGGCGCUGGUCUCACGCGGCAAAGCUUCGAUGCCUGGAAAGUCAGCACCACCAGUGCCUCGUCCCGCAGGUAGCAGCAAUGGAACCAGUCCUCGACCGCAGCAGAUCACAUAUCCAGGAGCUGAGCAGGAGGAGGAAGAUGCGCCGCCAAAGCCACCACGGCCAGGGGCAAUGCCAUCACCCUCACCGAAGUUUGGUGCUUCACCACUCCCAUCUCCCGGUAUUCCUUCAAACAAGCCCCGCAUGCCAUCCACGACGGCGAACGGCUACCCGGCAGACCGCAAAUCGCCAGGAGGUCUCAUGCCAACGUACCCUUCGCAAGCUCCCCCGGCAUAUACGGAAUCCCAGGCUUCUACUUCAUCAGCACACUAUGUCACCCCUCCAAACGCUCUUUCGCGCGUGUCUUCACACAACGAUUACUUCUCUACCGUCAACACAGGCAUGCCACAUUUGAAUCGACAAAAGUCAUCGCAAUCGAUUGGUGCAUCAGUGGCCAGUAUUGCCGCUGCAAAGAAGAAGCCUCCGCCACCGGUGCCGGCCAAGAGGAUUGGUUCGGCUCCAAUGUUGUAUGUCACAGCGUUGUAUGACUUCGAAGGUCAGACUCCUGAGGAUCUGCCGUUCAGAGAGGGCGAUCGGAUCAAGGUGAUUAAGAAGACUGAGAGUACGGAUGAUUGGUGGGAGGGAGAGCUCAAUGGGAGGAAGGGAAGCUUUCCUGCGAAUUAUGUGCAUUUGUGAAAAUGCUACAGGAGGGUGUGAAUGGUUGUCCUGAUCGAACGAGCUACAAGAAGGCAGGGGACUGUGGCAUGAGUAGAUUAACAAGGUCACUGAGUUCCUUACGCGCCUGAGCUGAGUGACGGGCUCAGAUGAGAAUUGUGCAGGCCAGGAUUGAGGCAUUGGCUCUUGUGUAAUGGAGCUUCUGGGGUACUUGUCGUUGUCCAUAUCCCUCCGAUGUGCAUAGUGAGCAUAGCAUAGCAGAGGCAUCCAAAGGGCAUUGAUAUUAUAUGUAGAUGGCUCGUGCUGCAUUGAAGA